UAUUUUCUGUUCUGUGUUUUUCUUCACCGUUCAGUAUUCUUAUUAAAACAAUAUGGACUCUUACCACGCUGCGCGUUGUUCCUCUUCCACCCACGACUAGCAUUACACUCUGGGCAUGUUGGCAGUGGUGAUAGCUGGUGCUUUUGUCACUUGGAAGAUGUUUAGAAAGUAGUCUUUAUUUUACUAUUUUUAAACCUGAUGUUCAAUUUCACUGAGUAAACAAUAUAAUUGAAUGAACUCUACAAUUGUAAAUACAUGAAAGUACAAUUGAAUGACCUCUGGAAAAACAUCUGUCUUCUCAGAUCUAAAGUAUUAGUAAGUACUACAAUUGGAGAACAUUUUACAUCUUUCUCUUUUACUUCAGAGGAUGAAAAGGCCAAAGACCAGCCCACAAACACAUCAGUGCAGGACCCAUUUAUUGACAAUGAUGAUGUGACAUACAGCACUGUCAUCCUAAAGAACAUGACCUGACAAAGUACAGACCAGGGCAGCAGCUCCACCUGAUGACAGCAUAGUCUACCGCACAGUAGCCUGUUAAGACAGGGCAGUGCUGCCUUCCACUUAUUGUAUGUAGACCUACCUGCACAGAUGCUGUGACUUGUCGGAGAAAAGACAAGACAAGCUCUUUAUUUUAAUUUGUCUUAAAUGUUUCCUUUUAUUUUGCUUUUCAAACACUCACAACAGCACCCUGCACCUGUCUAUCGGUUGGGUUAAAUGCAGAAAUCAGAUUUUGAUUGGACCUUCGGCGCAAUUGACCAAUAAAGUAAUCUUAAUGGUGAAAUAGAUAUUUUUAAAUGGAUUUUGUAUUACAAUACUAUUGAGCAACGGUUGGUUGAUUAAAAUAUGCUUAUUUGUCAAUAAGCUGUAUGUCAUGUUCCAACUGGGUGCCUAAUUAGCUACUCGAUAAUGGGUGUUAGUGAUUAUUUUAGACACCUUCAAAUAUUUGCAAUAGUCAAUUGAUUAGAUCUUUGAUCAGUGUAAUUUUAGUUUGGUGAUAAUGAUUGUUCUUAACCAUUAAUUAAUUGUAAACGAUCUUACAUGUUCAAAGACUUUUUUUUUGCAUAAGACAUCAUAAUAACAGUAAAGCAUCCGCAUACUUAUACACACUGCAAUCUUGUUUAUUUUAUGGGGAUACAGAAAUAAAGGUUUUCCUUGAACAUUUUGUUAAAGUUCUGACAAUACUGCAAAUAUUGUAUCUAGAAUUUCUGAUUCGAGGUCGCAGUUUUAUUUCACGACCGCCAGAGGGAUUCAAUGUUUUUCUGAUAAUUACGAAGGGGCAAGUGUCCGUUCAUUAUAACAGUUCGGGCAGCAACUUGUCUGCCAUUUUUGACCUUUGAAUGUAUGUCAUUUCCAAGCAUAGGCUUGUUUAUACAUAAUUUGUUACAAAAAAAUAAGUAAUAUAUAAAUGCUAAAUACAAUUAUUUAAUACGUGUUAGUAGACAUCAAUCCACAAAACGAUGUCAAGUAUCCUGUUUCUCGUCGGACACGUAAAAUAAUGGAACCCAUUUAGCCACGUAGAAGCAGAACGAAGAGGCGUCUGAAAAAGGUGAGACCAUUUUUUUGGGGUGUCCUUGGAUGCUUGAAUUGCAUUGCAUUCAAGCUUUUACUCUGAACGAACGGGAUGAAAAGGUUUUGAAAGGAUUAUAGCUACACCCUAUGACUACCAUAUCCCUUCCAUGGGCUCCAGUGCAACAUUUUAUUCUGUAUGUGAAUGGAAAACCACAACUCAGUCAUUGCUGAGAUGGAGACAACCAAUGUAGAAAUCCAUCAACUAGACCUGGUACCACAGUCCAAAGACGGUGGUGCUGAUUCUGUGGUGAGUGACGCUCAGCUACUGAAGAAAGGAGGGCUGGACAAGCCGACAGCAUCAGGGGAUGUUCUUAAUGGUUUUAAGGCAGAUGUGGUGCCAAAUGGAGAACGAGUGGCAGAGGGCCCGCGGCCAGGCGCAGGAGGGGACGGCCGUCUAAAUGGCCCCCUGCCGCCUCCGUCGCCCCCUGCUGCCCAAGGCACCAGCCCACCUGUCAGUCCCCAGUCCAAAGAGCCAUCCCAAGCUGACAAAGAGCCAUCACUGGAGAUGGAGAAUGAGGAGAAGAUCCGCCGUGAUGCUCGCCGACGGCUGGAGGAGCAGCUCAAACAGUACAGAGUGCAAAGGCACAAGGAGACGUCCUACCGCUCCACCCCAAAGAGCCGCAGUGGGUUCAGCACUCUGGACCCAGACCUCAUGAUGCAUCCAGAGGUUCUUCCCCGGGCCAGCACCACCUCCAUGACCACCGAGUACUCCUUCCUGCGAACCAGCGUCCCCCGGGGUCCUAAGCUGGGCAGCCUGGGCAUUCCACCAGCCAAGGAAAGAAAGUCACGAUCACCCCGCCCCAGCAAGAUCCACUCACUGGCCGAUUACAAGACCCUCGAGCCAGUAGGGGGCACUAAUGAUGGUGGUGGGUUCAGAACGUCUGAAGACUCCUCCAUGGGCUCCCUGGGGUCCAACCUGAGCUCUGUAUCCACCCUGUCCGAGGUCAGCAUGAUGUCAGAGGCUGGCUCCGUGGAGAUUACCUCUUUGGAGGCUCUGCUGGGGUCAUCAAUGUCUCUCCAGGACAACACCUCGGAAAUGGAUGCCGGCAGCGAGUCAGGUAUGGGGUCGCGGCCUGGUGGAGAUGGGGAUGACAGCUCUACCUACAGCAGCGUGUCCACCUCCACCGGGGGCACUGGGAUCUAUGGCAUGCUGGCUGAAGCAGUGGGCAGGCAGAGAGGAGGGAACUACAUGGUGGAGGGCAGGGAGAUCAUUCCGGAGGCCAUGGGCAACUUCCCAUCACUGCAGGAGGUGCUGCAGGCUGCCAGCGACGAACAGCACCUGCUGGAGCAGGACAGGGAGGGGACCGGGGGACCACGCAGCCGCAGGGACAGUUUCUCCAGCAGUGUGUCAUUGGAGAGCUCCGUGAUGGGACAUGACGAAAUGCUCCAGGUUCUGAAGGAGAAGAUGAGACUGGAGGGCCAGCUAGAGUCUCUGUCUUCUGAGGCCAACCAGGCUCUGAAAGAGAAGACUGAGCUCCAGGCCAAGCUGGCUACAGUCAAUGCCCAGCUGCAGGCCCAGGUGGAGCAGUCCCAUGCCAGCCAAGAGAAGCAGAGCUCCCUCAACAAGGAAGUGUCCACCCUGCGCCAGAGCUGCUUCCAGCUGGAGAGGGCCAUGGUGGAGCUGCAGGGCAACCUGGAGAGCAAGAACGCUGGCCUGGCCUCGCUGGGCAACGAUCUGCAGGUGGCUGAGGAGCAAUACCAGAGACUCAUGGGGAAGGUAGAGGAGAUGCAGCAGAAUGUGACCUCCAGGGAUAACGCUGUUCAGGAGUUACGUCAGCAGAUGGGUGGUCUCCAGACUCAGCUCCAGCAGGUCCAGCUAGAGCGCACCACCCUGCAGAGCAGGUUGAAGACCUCCCAGGCAGAGAUCAUCUCGCUGCAGCAGGUCCGCCAGUGGUACCAGCAGCAGCUAGCGCUGGCCCAGGAGGCUCGGGUCCGACUCCAGGGCGAAAUGGCCAACAUGCAGGCUGGUCAGAUGACCCAGAUUGGUGCCUUGGAACACCUGAAGCUGGAGAACGUGACUCUGUCCCACCAGCUGACACAAACCCAGCAUCGCUCAAUCAAAGAGAAGGAGCGCAUUGCUGUACAGCUGCAGAGUAUUGAGGCUGACAUGAUGACCCAGGAAGCUGCCUAUCAGCAGAUACAGGAUGCCAAGAGCAUGGUGGAGGACGACCUUCAGCACAAACUGGACGAGUUUGAGGAGGAGCGAGAGCACCUACAGAAGCUGGCCAACACUGCCAGCUCUCUGGAGAGAGAACUAGAGCAGAUGAAGGUGACCCUAUCCCAGAAGGACCUGCAGCUGGAGGCCCUCCAGAAGGAGCAUCUGGAGCUGAUGAGACAGCUGACAGCCACUCAGGAGAGCCUUCACACCAAAGAGCAGUCCAUCAACCAGCUGGAGGCCCGCUACCUUGAGCUGGAGGCUACGCUGGCAGAGCUGCAGACAGAGACCAACGCCAAGGAUGAGAACAUCCAGUACCUGCAGAAUGAGAAGAUCGUGCUGGAGGUGGCCCUCCAGGUGGCCAGAGCUGAUAAAAGUCAGCUGGACGAGGGGGCGGAGAGGCUGGGGGAGGAGGUGCUGGUGGCCUCAGAUGUCCUUGAUCAGCUCAGGCAGGAGGUCCAAGUCAAAUCCUCACAGAUUGGAUCUCUGCAACAGGAUAAUGGCACCCUGAAGAAACAAGCUCAGAAAUUGAAAGAGCAGUUCAUGCAGCAAAAGGUGAUGGUGGAGGCAUAUCGGCGGGAUGCCAGCUCCAAGGAGCAGCUCAUCAGCGAGCUGAAGUCAACUAAGAAGCGUCUGGUGUCAGAGGUGAAGGGACUGAAGCAGGAGCUGCUGGAGGCCCAUGGGGAGAAACAGAAAGCUGAGCUGGAGCAGAGCCGGCUGCAGACGGAAGUGGUCCGGGUCCAGCAGCAAAUGAACAGCCUGGAGAAUCACCUGCAGUCUGUGCAGACCGAGAGGGAUCAGCUGGAGUCUCAGAUACAGUCCUUGCAGUUUGACCAGAGCCAGCUAGCAGCGGUGACGGAGGAGAAUGAGGGCCUGAAGAAACAGGUGGACCUGAUGCAGUCUGAAGCCAGGAAGGCCAUCUCAGAACAGAAGGUCAGAAUGAAGCGGCUGGGGACAGAUUUGACCAGCGCACAGAAGGAUAUGAAGGCCAAGCACAAGGCCUAUGAGAACGCAGUGGGCAUCCUGAGUCGCAGGCUCCAAGAGGCCCUGGCCGACAAGGAGACCACCGAGGCAGAGCUGGUCAAACUCAAGGCCCAGGUCUCAGACGGCGGCAACAACCAGGCCCUGCAGGAUAAGAUUGAGGCUCUGCAGAGUGAAUACCAGGCUGUGAGCCACAGCAAGGCCAUGCUGGAGAAGGAGCUUCAGGAGGUCAUCUCCCUCACCAGCACUGAGCUGGAAGAGUUACAGGAGAAAGUCAUGGAGCUAGAAGAUGAGCUGCAGGAGGCGCGAUGCUUCAAGAGGAGGAUUAGACGACUGGAAGACGCCAACAAGAAAUUAUCCCUGGAGCUGGAGCAUGAGAAAGGGAGGUUGACGGGACUAGGGCAGUCCCAUAAUGCACUGCGGGAGCAUACCAAUAUUCUAGAGACUGCCCUGGCCAAGAGAGAGGCCGACCUGGUCCAGCUCAACCUCCAGGUGCAAGCUGUACUAAAACGCAAAGAGGAGGAAGACCAGCAGAUGAAACAGCUGGUCCAGACACUACAGGUCGCCUUGGAGAAAGAAAAAGCCAAAGUGAAGGACCUGAAAGAGCAGGUGGCAGCAGCUAAGGCAGAGGCUGCUCACAACAGGCGGCAUUACAGGGCAGCCAUGCUGGAGCUGUGUGAGAUCAAGAAGGACCUGCAGGCCAAAGAAGAGCUGGUCAAAGCCCUGCACAGCGAGGCACACAAACUACAGGCUCAGGAUGAGAAACACUCUCAGGAGGUGUCCAGGUUCCAGGAGGAGCUAUCAGAGGCCCACUCUCAGCUCCAGAUCCUCCAGAAACAGCUGGAUGAACAGCUUAGCAAGCAGCCCCUCACCAACCAGGAGGUUGAGGAUUUGAAGUGGGAGGUGGAGCAGAGGCAGAGGGAGAUCGAGGCCCAGAGACAGCAGCUGGAACUGGUGGAGCAGUGCAGCCAGAGUGAGCUGGACAGCCUGCAGACAGCUCUACAGAGCAUUAAGGUGGAGCUGGAGUCUGUGCAGGAUGAACUGAGCAGCACCAGAAAGGAUAAGUUCAUGCUGCAGGCCAAGGUGGGGGAGCUGAGGAACAGCAUGAAGACUGUUCUGCUGCAGAACCAGCAGCUCAAACUGGACCUCAAACAGAACCGCCUCCGAAAGCAGAGGAUGGAGCCAUCGAACCCAUCAAAUCCAGUGACCCCGGUGAAGAUCCCAGACUGCCCUGUGCCUGCCUCCCUACUGGAUGAGUUGCUCAAGCCCUCUGCCUCCGUCAACAAGGAGCCCCUCAAUAACCUGCACAACUGUCUGCGCCAGCUCAAGCAUGAGAUGGACAACCUUCAGAAACAAAUGGAGGAGCACACAGUCACCGUGCACGAGUCCAUGACGUCAUGGACUAACGCAGAGGAGGAAUUGACUCGACUGGGGGUGCCGCUGGAGAAUGACUCCAUAACAUCUCCCCCUCUAAACCAGGUGGACCGUAACGGAGGAGCGGAGGAGGCACAGCCAUCGUAAUGCAGCACUUUCUCAGGCAGACGCACAGAGUGGAGUUUUAUCCACAAGGGCACUUCUUCUUUUUUCUCCAUUUCUUAUCAAUUGCUGCCAACAUUUGGCAUUAUUAUCAGCACAGACAGUGGUUGGAUAAAGUAAUUUAUACUUAUACCAUAGCUUUAAUUUUUAUUUGGACUUUGUCUAUUUUUGUUAUGGCUGUCAUAUUUAUUUAUUUACAAUUCAGGAAUGUCAAUAUUGAAUCUUAAAUGACAGUGACAACUACAUUGUUAGAGGAUUCCACCAGUCUUUUGUUUUGAAGUCAUAGACACCAAGUAAGGCCUAUUCUCAAGUAUCUUUCAAAAAAUACAAAUUCACCAAUACCCCGGUUUAAUUAUUGUAGCUAGAAGUUUGUUUACGCAUACCGGUACUUUUGAUAUACUUUCUCAUGUAAGAUAAAUGAGUCCGUUUUAAAGCCUGCAGAAAUGGAUAAGCAUACUGUAGUCCCUCUUACUGUUCUUCCAUUCCUCUGUGCCUGCGAAUGAGAGGAGCCACUCAUUCCAUAAACUUACGUUGAAAUCCUAAUCGACCCAUAGUCCCUCAACUUAGACAAUCCUGUAAAUCUGUUUGGAUUAGUGCUAACAAUAUGGCAAAAUGUUUACUAGGCCUAUAGGAAGGCACGGUGACGCAAUAACCAUAUUCCCCCUCUGAUCUACACAAGUUUCUCAGGUUGUAGGCUCGGGGUUGGUUUGGGAUUUAGGGAAUCAUCUGGUCAAAUGCCCCUUUGGCUUUCAAACUGUUUGUGGUGAAUCAAUACCAUUCUCCUUUUUAGUACGCCUCACAUUUGUUAAUUUCAUUGACAUCAAUCUAUUCUGUUUUUAAUUGCUUGUUCUUUUUUAAAGCUUGCUAUCAACAUAUCAUUGUGGGCUCUGAAACUUUGUGGAAACUUAGUUGAGAAGAAUUAUGUAUGAAAUUGGGAGUUUAACUGGCUGGCUUGGACUGUAGUAAUGUGUAUGGCAAAGCCUUAAUGAGGAGUAUUUUGUAUGCUGUUAAAGGACUAAAUGUUAUGAAUGAACGUAUCAUUUAUUUCUGUUGAAAGUGGGUGUGCAAGAUGUAAUGUAGGUUAUGGUGUAUGAUUAAGCUGCUUGCAGUUCUAAACCGAAUGGUUUAAUGUUAAAUAGUUGGGUAGUCUCAACUGAUGUUGCACAAUUUUAAGGAGAAAGAACUUACUGUAACUGACUAUGAGGGAGGGGAAGAUGUAAGAACUAUUACAUAAUGUUACUACUUCUAUGAGUGAGAUGCACUCAAAUGUAUUACCUUUUGUUACUAUGGUUUCAUAUUUACAGAAUGCCCACCCCGGAAUUGCUUAAUUCCUUUUGAGGUUGUUUGCUCUCCAGGAAAACUGUUUUAUUCUUUGCAGAGGUUAAUAUAAUAGACUUCAUUUUCUCUACUUUUCCCUAUAAUUGAAUUACUUUGAUCAUUAUCUAAUAGUGUGAUGAGCAAAAACAUUUGAGGAUGAUAUAUGCAACUUGCAAAGCAUAUUUAUUCAAACUGACAACUGUUAAAAGUCCAAAUGUAGACCGCAAUGGACAAACUACAGCACAUGAAGUUGUAAUGUAACUGAUGUUUUGUAUGCCGUUAGACUCAUGUCCAGACAACCUGUAUCUUGCCAGUCAAAAGUAAAUGGACUAUUUUUAACCACUGUAAUAACAUGCUUAUUACAUCUGCGAAGGGAAAGCUGUGUUCAGUUGACUGGUAAUAACUAAUGGCGCUCCAUACUGUGUUUUUGAAGAAGGGUUUGUAACAAUCUGUUCGAACUUAGUUGACUUAGUCAAUGUUGGAUUCACCAUCUUCCAAGCUACCUUUUCACUGUUAUCUAUAUAUUUGAAUACAUAACCUUGCUUGGUACAUGGAGCAGGGAUAAAUGAGUUCUGUACAUAUAAACCUUGCUGUAUUUGCUGUUCAAUAUAUAAAAUGUAUAUUGGGAGAUAUUGUAUUUCUCAGUUGCACUAUUCA